GCACCGACUUCAUCGUCACGCACGCCGCGAAGCAUCCUUUUGCACUUCUCUUCGCUUUGCAACGGGUUCAGCCCUCGCGUUGAGCCUCUUGCUGAAUACUCUUUGGCCGCACCGGCGUGCCAUUGACCACCCCCAACGUCUCCCGCCCCUUGGCACUUGACGACACCUUGACAAGUCGCGCGCACUAUCCGAUCUCGACCGAUUAGGAGAUCUCGCAACAGCGGUCUUCCUUUGCCAUUCGUUACCACAUCGCUGCAAUUGGGAUUUUAUCCGACAGUCGUUAUACACGAAAUCUCUUUCAAUCCGCAUUUCUAGUCGGUAGCUUCUUUUUGCAUUUCAAGGGUCCCCUCAUCCCGUACAGCGAGCGCCCCUGAAACCCCCAGAAUCACAGCUACAUAUACCUUGCUGCCCUGAGACAUCAACGACCAGACCUGGGUUCCCUCAUUAUUCUCUAUCUGAGAGUAUACGCCCUAUUGAUAAUUCUUAAUUUAUUCACAACUGCGUUUGCCGCCCUCCAACCAUGGAUUUGAUUCGCCGGGCCAGCAGAAUGGUCCCCGGACCCAGCAGCUUUGAAUUACUGCCCACGAACGAGGAGAAGCGUCGAGGAGGAAACAACCAGGCCCGCGGAGUGCACCCUACUAUCGCGUUCUUCCGUCGUCCCCUGCGUCUACGUGGAAACUCUGCCAUUUCAGUUCCCCUCGGAGUCGUUGUCUUCUUCCCCGUGCUCGUCAUAUUUUUGAUCUUUGUGCUCUUUAUUAGACACCCCAGCGCACCGAGCGGGCCUUUGAUGCCACCAGGUGCUCCUCCUGGCAUCAGGAAAAUUAGCGAAAAGUAUGACAAAGUCUUUGAAACCGGCUGCCGUGAGAUCGACAACAACAAGCCCCGAGCCAACGCCACCCUGGUUAUUCUGGCCAGAAAUAAGGAGAUUGAUGGUGUUGUACAGUCUAUGAAGUCCAUGGAGCGCCACUUUAACCGCUGGUACAACUAUCCUUACACCUUCCUCAACAACGAGGAGUUUGACGACAACUUCAAGAACACUGUUCGCAACUACACCAGCGCCAAUGUUGAGUUCGGUUACGUUGGCCCUGACAUGUGGGGAUUCCCUGCCUGGGCUGACCCCAAGGUUGCUAAGGAAGGUAUUGCCAAGCAAGGUGACGCCGCUGUCAUGUACGGUGGUCUUGAAAGCUACCACUCCAUGUGCCGAUUCUAUUCUGGAUUCUUCUUCAACCACCCUCUUCUCCUCAAGUACGAAUGGUACUGGCGUGUGGAGCCGGAGAUUACCUACUUCUGUGACAUCACCUACGAUCCCUUUUUGGAGAUGGAGAAGAAUGGCAAGACAUACGGCUUCACCAUUGCUGUCAAGGAACUUCGCGAAACCGUGCCCAACCUUUUCAGAUAUGCCUCUGCCUACAUGCGCACCAACAACCUGACCUCCAAGGGACUCUGGGAAAUGUUUGUUGAACCUAAGCCCAAGGGCGAGAAGAAGAUCUGGGAGCCCAAGUUUCCCCAAGAAGCCAUGAACACGGAACCCGGCACUCUCCCGGACAUCGACCUCGAAGCUAUGGAGGGUGAAAAGUACAACAUGUGCCAUUUCUGGUCCAACUUUGAGAUUGCUCGUCUGGGCUGGUUCCGCAGCAAGGAGUACCAAGACUUUUUCGAAAUGAUGGAUCGUAGCGGUGGUUUCUGGAUGGAACGAUGGGGUGAUGCUCCUAUCCACUCUCUCGCUGCUGGAGCGCUCCUUGGUGUCGAAGACAUUCACUAUUUCCGCGAUAUCGGCUACCGACAUACAACGAUCCAGCACUGCCCGGCCAACGCACCCCAGCGCCAGUUGCCCCAUAUCCCCUUCCUCGAAAAGACGACUCUUGAUAGCAAGAAGCGUAUUGAAGAGGAUGAGUACAGGAGCCGCCACGACGAGCCCAAGACCAACGGAGUUGGAUGCCGUUGCCGAUGCGACACUGACAUCCCUGAUGUUGAAGGCAAGGAAGGCUCGUGUACUCCCGAGUGGGUUGACGUUGCCGGCGGCUGGUCCAGCCCUUAAAUGCUCUUGAGGCACGGUUUUUCAUAUCGUGCAGCACUUUGCUUGGUAAAAGACGGCAAGGUCAAACAAAUGCCUAUCAAUGAUGGAGCAUUACUGCAUGCUGCCGCAGUGUCGUAUGAACGGUUCAGACCGGAGAGGGCUUUUACCCUCUUGGCGUUAUCUGUUACAUCAACUUACCAUGUUGGAAGCAACAUCUUUCCUGUAAACAAGGGGAUGCUUCUGGGGAAAAGACAGGAAAGGUUGGAAACUAUAUUUAUUCGUUUAACAUCUGGAUUGGUGUUUUAGGGAUGGGAAGAGAGAAUGCUGCGGUGACGGUGUGAACCGCAGGAAUUUCUCUCGCCCGCUUGCUUUGGUUCGGUUCUGCGUUUUAUUGUUUUGCCUUGAUUACUGGAUAGAGCUGGGGAAAAUGCAUAUGUAUUCUACAGAAAGCGAAAGCAGAAUUAGAAGUUUAAUAAUUUGUCACAUAUAACUCUUGCUGGAGUUGGUACUGCGCUGGCGGUUCCCUGAGGUGAACACUUCCCCGAACAGAGGAUACGACAACUGUCGAUUUCAACUGUUAGAAGGCCUAAAAUUUCAAUAUAUACGGCUAUGCAACAUAAUUGAAC